AUGACUGACACGCCGAAUUCUGGCCAGGACGCCCAAGCGGCACGCGUUAUUUCAGGUCAUCUGCCCUCUGGAUAUACGGCUGAAUUUGACGCAGAGCCACAUAAUGGAGAUGCAUCGAAAGGCUCGGCCCAGGCGGAGCCGGAAUCUUCGCUGAAACUACAAGGAGGAGAUGUGCACCGCGAUUUGUACAAGAUACAUAAUCGAGGCAAAUUGCAACAACGAGCCGUCACAUUCUCGCACCCACACGUCUCCUUUGGCGAGGAGGAGAACGACCAGCCCUCAGUGGCGGAUCAACUGGCUCCCGGUGGCUUCCGCCGAGAAUUCGUGGUCAGGAAGAAGUAUGGCCGUUUCAAUCCCGCCGUUCUGCCGGUCACCCGCAACUUCGUCGAAUUCCUCGCCUUGUACGGCAGCUUUGCAGGUGAAGAUCUCGAAGACACAGAUGAUGAGUCAGCCGUCGAAGAAGAUGAUGAGGAGCAACGCCCUGCAAACGAGCGCAGACCGCUUCUGGGUCGACGCCGUACCACAGCUAGAGCAAAGCCAGGCGAUGCUGGUACAACCAAAACCUUCUUCACGCUUCUCAAGGCCUUCAUCGGCACUGGCAUCAUGUUCUUGCCAAAGGCAUUCAACAAUGGCGGCAUUCUCUUCUCGUCCAUGACCUUACUCAUCGUGUCGGCCGUCACCACGUUAGCUUUUCACCUCCUGUUGCAAUGCCGAGGACAAUACCAGAAGAAUGGAUACGGCGAACUGGGUGAAGCUAUUGGAGGUCCAAAGAUGAGGGCUAUCAUCCUCGGAUCCGUCACAAUCUCCCAGCUAGGGUUUGUGUGUGCUGGUACGGUCUUCGUGGCAGAAAACCUCCAUUCAUUCCUGGAAGCCGUCACCAAAGGCGAGCAGCCUUUGUCAACCAAUGUCCUCAUUGCCCUGCAAUUGAUCGCGCUCGUACCGCUAGCAUUCAUUCGAAACAUCUCGAAACUGGGUGUCGCAGCUCUCUUGGCAGAUGUCUUCAUCCUUGUGGGCCUUGCCUACAUCUACUAUUACGACGUUGCGGCACUUAUCGAUCACGGAAUAGACAAGUCGGUCCAGUUGUUCAAUCCGCAGUACUAUACCAUGACGAUUGGAGCUGCUAUAUUCACUUUUGAAGGUAUCGGCCUCAUUCUCCCCAUUCAGUCAUCAAUGAAAGAACCGGAGAAGUUUGAGUAUCUCCUAUGGAUUAUUAUGCUCAUCAUCACGGUCAUCUUCACAUCUAUCGGCGCGCUCUGCUAUGCUACAUUCGGAUCGGCCACUCAGAUUGAGGUCAUCUCCAACUUUCCCCAGGAUAAUAAGCUGGUCAACGCAGUACAAUUCUUGUACUCGAUCGCUGUCAUGGCUGGUACCCCGGUUCAAUUGUUCCCGGCUCUUCGAAUUCUCGAGGGCAAAUUCUUCGGCCGCCGAUCUGGCAAGAAAGACACCACAACGAAAUGGAAGAAGAAUGGGUUUCGCACUUUGCUUGUCGUCCUCUGUGUGCUGGUCGCCAUUCUAGGUUCAGGCAAUCUAGACAGAUUUGUGGCGUUGAUUGGGUCUUUCGCUUGUGUACCUCUGGUUUACAUCUAUCCGCCAUGGCUGCAUUACAAAGGUGUUGCUCGAUCGAAGUGGGCCAAGGCUGGAGAUAUCGCGUUCAUCGUCCUGGGUUUGGCUUGCAUGAUCUAUACCACCAUCAUCACUGUUGUUAAUAGUUUCUUGUAACAAAAGGGUCAGACGAAGCGUAAACAGGCUCUGUUGAGGCAGGAUGCUGAUCAGGCAUCUCAUUUGUGUCCAGACCAGGAAAGAAAAGGCUUAGCUUAUUGCACGGGACUCUACAAAUAUCAUCUGCUCGUCCUUCCAGGUAGAACGUGUAGU